UGGGAGUUGGAAGGAGGGAGGGGAUAUUUUUUGGGUGUAUUCAAUGGGAAAGAGACGGGGGUUUGUAUAUGUGUAUGUGUUAAUUGAGGGUUAGAGAGAGAAACAGAGAGAUGGGUUUUUAGAGUGAGAAGCAAAAUUGAGAGAGAGAGAGAGAGACAGAGAGAUGAUUGAUUGAGGGGUGGUUGGUUGUGUGAAGGAGAUGGUCUGAUCUUUCGUUUUCUUGUUUCAGCUUUUUCUUGAUCUCAUAUACUCUGCAACUAAUUUGAGGUUUGGGAUUGGAAACCCUAAGAUCGGUUGAUUUGGUUUUGUGCAUUUGUCGAGCGAUUGGGGGUUUUGAUUUUGAAAUUGAUCUGGGGAUUUUGAUUUUCCCCCCUUUUGGUUGUUGAAUUCGAUUGGAAUUCGAGAAAAAAACCACACUAGUCGAUUAUUGAUUUGUCGAUUGUCUCGCCGGAGAAGACGAAGUUAGGGGGAAGGAAUAUGAGAGCUGCUCUGAGUACGAUUCAGCAGACUCUGACGCCGGAGGCGGCGAGCGUUCUGAACCACUCGAUUGCGGAGGCGGCGCGUCGCAACCACGGCCAGACCACGCCGCUGCACGUGGCGGCGACGCUGCUUGCCUCGCCGUCGGGAUUUCUCCGGCAGGCCUGCAUCCGGUCGCACCCUAAUUCCAGUCAUCCCCUCCAGUGCCGCGCCCUCGAGCUCUGCUUCACCGUCGCCCUGGAUCGCCUCCCCACCGCCCAAUCCGCCACCGCGCCGGCGACGGAACCGCCGAUCUCCAACGCCCUCCUCGCCGCCCUCAAGCGCGCCCAGGCCCACCAGCGCCGCGGCUGCCCUGAGCAGCAGCAGCAGCCCCUCCUCGCCGUCAAAGUCGAGCUCGAACAGCUGAUUAUCUCCAUUCUCGACGAUCCAAGCGUCAGCCGCGUCAUGAGAGAGGCGAGCUUCUCCAGCCCCGCCGUCAAAGCCACCAUAGAACAAUCAUUGAGCUCCUCAAACCCUAACCCUAACCCUAACCCUAACCCCCUUCUUCAUCACCAAUCCACUUUCGGAUCUAAUUUGGGCUCAAUUGGACCUCGAGUCCUCUCCAAUUCCGGCCAAUUAUCAAUUCCGCCGCCUACGGUGGCGGCACCGUCCCCAUCUCCGUCCAUCCCCUUACCCAAUCGAAACCCUUAUCUAAAUCCCCGCCUGCAACAAAUUGGGAAUAAUCCAAAGAUCGAAGAAUCGAAGAAGCUGUUAGAGAUAAUGCUGAGAGCCAAGAAACGGAACCCAAUUCUCGUCGGCGAUUCGGACCCCACCGCCGUCGUGAAGGAUUUCUUAAGAAAAUUAGAGAACAAGGAAUUGGGGGGAAGCUCUGAGCUUCUGAAGAAUGUUCAUAUCAUAUCCAUGGAUAAAGGGGAUUUAUCUGACAAGAAUCAGAUUCCGGCUAGGAUCUCCGAUCUGUCGGAGACGAUCGCCGAUGGGAUUCGGAUUGGCGCCGUGGUUCUCGAUUUGGGUGAUUUGAAGUGGCUGGUGGAGCAGCCGAAGCCGCAGGUGGUUUCGGAGGCGGGCAGGGCGGCUGUAGUCGAAGUAAUGAAGUUAUUGUCUAGAUUUGAUGGCGGCGCCACCGGAGAUGGCGGCAAUAAGCUCUGGUUGAUCGGCGCGGCCACGUGUGAGACUUAUUUGAGAUGCCAAGUUUACCAUUCCACCAUGGAAGCCGAUUGGGAUCUCCAAGCUUUGCCGGUCGCGCCGAGAUCGCCGCUCGCCGGAGCUUUCCCUCGGCUUGGGGCCGAGAGGCUUUUGAGCAAUCCGGUCGAGUCGUCGUUUUUGAAUCCGUUGAAGCCGGUGACGUCGACGCUUCCCGUCUUGUCGCUCUCCGAGAAUUCGGAUCCUUCUCAGAGGCCGUUGAACUUUUGCCCGCAAUGCCACGAGAAUUACCAGAAGGAACUUGCGAAGCUCUCGGCCAUAGAGAAGUCGUUCUCCGACGCUAAACAGGACUCGUCUCGACCGACGUCGUUACCGCCGUGGCUGCAAAGCGCCAAACUCGACACUACCAAUGCUGCUUCGCAGGGGAAGGAUCAAGGGGUCCUUUCGAAGCAGAAGACUCAAGAGCUGCAGAAGAAAUGGCGAGACACGUGCUUACAUCUCCACCCGAAUUUCCAUCAAAAUACUCGCCCGGGUCGACCCGGUCCGCCAUCUCUGUCGAUGACGAGUUUGUAUAAUCCGGCGUUGCUUUCGCACCCGCCUUUCCGGCCUAAGAUGCCGACUUCGAAACCACUCGGAGAAGCUCUGCAAUUGAACAUGAAUAGCGGCGGACGUACGGCGAAACCGCUCGGAGAAGCUCUUCAAUUGAACAUGAAUACGGUCGAGAGAAUGCGGAGUCCUCCGGGAAGCCCGGUGAAGACCGAUCUUGUUCUCGGAAUGAAAGGAUCCGAAACCGUGCUCGACAAAACUACUACGGAAAAUCAGGCAAAGGAUUUCCUAGGAUGUAUUUCGUCCGAACCGCAGACGAAACUGAUCGAAAAGUUCUCGAAUGCUUUGGAUGCCGAUACGUACAAGAAACUCCUCAAGGGGCUCAUGGAGAAGGCGUGGUGGCAGGCGGAGGCGGCUUCGGCGGUGGCUUCGGCGAUUACGCGCUGCCGAUUGGACAGCGGGAAGCGGCGCGGCGGAGGGUCGAGGGGCGAUGUUUGGUUACUUUUCACCGGACCCGACCGUGUCGGGAAGAAGAAAAUGGCUUCGGUGCUGGCUGAGCAAAUAUGCGGCACAAGUCCGGUGAUCAUUUGCUUGGGCCGGAGACGUGACGACGAAGAAUCGGACAUGAAUUUCCGAGGCAAGACGGCGAUCGACCGAAUCGCAGAGGCGGUAAGAAGGAACCCUUUUUCGGUGAUAAUGCUAGAGGAUAUCGACGAAGCGGAUGUGCUGGUGCGCGGGAGCAUAAAGUCGGGAAUCGAGCGAGGCAGGCUCACCGAUUUCUACGGCCGCGAAGUGGGUCUCGGAAACGCGAUAUUCAUCAUCACCGGAGAUUGGUCGACGACGAGCCCGGAAGCGUUACGGGACGGUCACUUUGUCGACGAGAUGAAGCUCGCUGCCGUCGCGAACGGCGAUUGGCAGUUGGGAUUGAUUGUGAGGGAGAAGAAUGGCAAGCGGCGAGCUAGCUGGUUGAACAGCGGCGACGAUAGGCCGUCGAAGGCUAGAAACGGACCGGUGUCGUCGGGGCUUUCGUUGGACCUAAAUCUUGCGACGGGAUACACCGAAGAUGACAAGACGGACGGGUCUCACAACUCGAGCGAUCUAACGGUCGACCACGAAGACGAACUCAGCCUCGUGAACCGGCAUUUCUCGAUAACGUCGGUCCCGCACGAUCUCGUCAGCAGCGUGGACGAAUCUAUAGUGUUCAAGCCGGUCGAGUCGGGGUUCGUUAGGAACGAGAUCAAGAAAACGAUAUCAGUGCGAUUCUCGAUGGCUGUCGACGACACCUUGUCGAUCGAAGUGGAGGACGAUGUCGUGGACAAGAUCUUGGGCGGGUUAUGGCACGACCGGACAAGUUUAGAAGAAUGGAUCGAGAAUGUGUUGUCGCCGAGCUUCGACCAGGUCAAGACACAGCUGGCGUCGACGAGGGAUCCGGGCGGGUCGGUCGUUCGACUCGUUGUCGAGUCGGAAUCUUGCAGCCGUGGCAAGAGAAAGGACAAUGCGGAUUGGCUGCCGAGGAGCAUCCUCGUAUGAUAGAAGACUGUAAACUCAAGUGAUGAAGUUUGGUGAGGUGAAAGUGAUAUUUUUGGCUUCUUACGUGGUCGUUCUGUAAAUACAGAAACUAUUGGGCAGGGAUUUUAGACAGGGUAGAAGAGAAGGGAUUAAAUUAGGAAAGAACAAAAACUUAAGUAAAAUAAAUAAAUAAAUAUAGUAUUAUAUAUAUGUGUAAGCACAGCGGUUAUAAAGUGAGAGACGUUGACAGGUUAACUAAUCUUCAACACUACUCACUUGUCUGUUUUAUUUUUUUAAUUUUUUUAAUUUUUUUUUUAUAGUAAUUUGUUUUAAUAUAAUGUGACCGUAUCAAAUUAUUAAUAUUCACUGCCUCCGGUAAUUAAGCAUUCUUUUA